AUGUUGAGGACUCCUCACGUGAAGGCUUGUGUGAAUCAGCUGAGGUUUCACAGACUGGAGCUGAUGCUCAGAGACGCUCACAUGGUCUGCCGCUCUUCCAGUGUCCUGCGAGAUCAGCAUUGCUCCCGCCGCUCCGCCUCCACGGAUCUCCAUCGCAGUGCCGGAGGAAGUGCCUUCUGCCCAGAAGCCCACCGGAGAACAGCCAGAGCUGUCCCGAGAGCAGGAUUAAAAGACAAACAUGCGUGUUCAGACGCAGCACAGACAGCGCAGGCGUCUCCCGGCGGGUCCGCAGCGCUGACGGGUCAGACUCGCACACGCGGCGCUACAGACGAGUGUUUGUCCGCAGGGAACGAGGCUCGCUGCCGGCACUCGCUGCAGGCCAACGCUGCUCUGUACGAGCGGAGCGGGAAGAGCUGGGCGGCGGUGCUGGUGUGUCUGUGCGCUGUGAGCGGACGCCCCGCUCUCCUCUUCACGCUCAGGUCUGCCCAGCUGAAGGGGCGGCACAAAGGGGACGUCAGUUUUGCAGGGGGAAAGAAAGACCCGUGUGACAGAUCUGUGGUGGACACGGCUCUCCGAGAAGCUGGAGAGGAGCUGGGGAUCCACGUCACUGAAGAUCAGGUGUGGGGUGUGAUGAAGCCGCUGCGGGACAUGUCUGGGAUGAUGAUCGCGCCUGUAAUAGCCAAUCUGGGACCGCUGGAGACUCUGUGUUUUCGACCGAAUCCCAGCGAGGUGGAAGAGGUUUUCACCCUGACUCUGGAGCAUUUAUGUCAAGCCCAGAACAGAGGCUACACACACUUCCGCACCGGAGAUCGUUUCGGGUACACACUCCCCGUGUUUCACGGCCCCAGGUAUCGAGUGUGGGGUCUGACGGCAGUGGCCUUAGAUCAGGCUCUGGCGCUCAUUGUGCCGCCAGAGGAAGUGCCGCAGCACAGAUCCGUCAGCACAGAGGCUGCCUGCUGAUCUCUGACCAUUACAGACUCAGAUUAGGGGCUUAUUUCAUAUUUUGGGUUUAAUCCAAGUAUCCAAAAGAUCUUCAGAUGCAAUACCCCUGUCCAGUUCUCUGAGUUCCUCUCGGCUGUGUUUAGGCUUUAGGGUCAAUGACUGUGUGUUUGACAUCAUGCCUCAGUUUAUACAACAUACACUGAAUGUAUUUUUGGGAUUUAGCAUUAUGAGUUUUGUUUUCUUCAUCUUAACCUCGAUGGUUGUUUUAAAUGUGAAUCUGUUCAUUUAUUUAACACCAGUGCUUAUAAUAAAAGAUGCUUUAAAGGUU